AUGGUAAUCGCCUUGAUGCUGCCGAGGGCGCGGCACAGCACAUGCGCUCGGCAGAUGCCGUCGGUCGGCCUCCUCGACCCUUCCCCCAUGAUGUCCCAGCUCCCUGGCUCAGAGCACAGCGCAUGCAGCGCUGCUCGCAUCUCCGGCGUCUGGGGCUUUCGUGGGGCGUGGACGAUCGACGGCAGUGAGAUUAGGAGAGCUCCUCGUCGUACGGUGCUGUCGGUGGUCAUGAAGUUGGCGGACGACCGCGGCUGGGGCUGCUCGUCGAUCCAGAAGACCAUCACGCAGGCGCGUAACCUACGGUUACACGAGAUGGCGUUUGGCGGGUAUGGGCAAAGAGGCGUACGAUCCGACGCUUGCUGCGAUGCAUCUGCCGGAGGGCCUCGCUACUACUACUACUACUACUACUACUACUACUUGCUGCUGCGGUCGACCUGUCGCGCGAUCGAGCCCGGGGCGCCUGUAUCGACGUCCAGGUUGGUGGAGACCAUGCACCCGCUCGCGACGGAGUGGCGGCGUCUCGAAGAGCUCUUCCGGCCGGACUCGAUAGUGUCGACCCUCAUUGUACUCAUGCAUCCCCGAACGCUCGAUGUCGUCGAGCGCGUGAUCAGCGAUGUCCUGCGCGAGCUCGUGAAAGCACUGCGCGACUAA